AUGAGAGUGAAAGUUUCUAUACCUGGUAAAAACGACAAGAUUAUCAACGUGGAUGGCGAUUGCGACUUAGAAACAUUUCAAGGAAUCAUAUUAUCAACCUAUGAUGAAGAUAUAUUAUUGGGUGGAUUAAGAUUUGGAUUUCCACCUCAAUCGCUUUCGUUUCACGGCAACGAAUCCAAGAUGUUGGAAGAUUUGGGAAUUAGCAAUGGUGAACGUAUUAUUAUUACACUCCCAUCUUCUGCCGACGCAACGAAGAAUAUAAAAAGUGGAGUAUCUGCCAAUGAAAAGAAGAAGGAAUCAUCCGGAGGAGGUAUCAUAGAUUCCAAAAGAGUUCUCCAAGUGCAUGAGGUGCCUGAUGAUAAUUCGUGCCUAUUCCAUGCGAUAUCUUACGCUGUUUAUAAAGAUAUAUCUCUUUCGGCAGAACUUCGUAAUAUUGUUGCAUCAGAAGUUAGCAAAGAUACAAUCACUUAUUCUGAUGCAAUUCUUGGUAGACCCAACCGCGAGUACAGUCAAUGGAUUACUAAGCCAUCAUCAUGGGGUGGAGGAAUUGAAAUUGCAGUGCUAUCAAAACACUUACAAUAUGCGAUAUAUGUGCUUGAUAUGGAUGCUUGCAAAUUCGAGAAGUUUAAUGACGAAUUGUUUAAUCUAUUUAUUAUCAUCGCUUACAAUGGUGUGCAUUAUGAUACAGUGGAAAUAGUUGAUGGUGCUCAACAUCAGACGGUAUUUAAUGCAGACGACGAAGACACCUCCCUUAUCCUAAAAAGAACGGAGGAAAUUGCAAGAAAGAUGAAAAGAGAGGGGAAAACUUUCAACACAACUAGAGACUCAAUAUUAUGCAAUACCUGUGGUAAAACUCUUGUGGGAGAACGUGAGGUCAGCAAACAUGCAGAAACUACAGGUCAUGUUGAUUUUAGACAAAAAUAG